AUGUCGUGCGGUGUUCCACAGGGGUCUGUUCUUGGACCCCUCUUGUGGAACAUAGGGUACGACUGGGCCCUUCGCGCCGAUUUCCCCCCCGGGCUGGGUGUAAUCUGUUACGCAGACGCUACCCUGGUGACAGCCCGGGGGGCAAACUUCCAAGAGGCGGCGCGCCUGGCCACAGGGGGAGUCUCCCUGGUGGUCGGGCGCAUUGAGGCGCUGGGCUUACGGGUGGCCCUAGAUAAGACGGAGGCCCUGUUAUUUCAUGGGCUCCGUCGUGGUCCACCCCCUGGCGCCUCAAUCGCGGUCAACUCGGUCCUCGUACCGGUACGGGCCCAGAUGAAAUAUCUGGGCCUGAUCCUCGACGGGAGGUGGCUCUUCGACGAGCACUUCCGACAGCUUGCUCCAAAGCUGGUCGGCGCUGCGUCUGCCCUAGGGCGACUUUUGCCCAAUUUGGGUGGACCCAGCGUCGCGACAAGACGGCUGUACACGGGGGUUGUCCGGUCAAUGGCACUGUACGGUGCACCGGUGUGGGCGGCGGCUCUGACCGCCCAGAAUAGGGCACGCCUCUGGCGCCCUCAGAGGGUAAUGGCGGUCAGAGCCAUACGCGGUUACCGCACCGUUUCGACGGAGGUGGCAUGCGCGUUGGCCGGAACUCCCCCGUGGGAUUUGGAGGCGGAAGUGCUCGCCGAAGUUUAUCGGCGAGUGGCUGACUCCCGGGCGGAGAGCGGAUUUCGCCCUCCGCCCGAGGAUGUGCGCGAGUGGCGCGAAGCCGCUCGCCGAGCCACGAUGGCUCGUUGGUCGUUCCGGCUGGAGACUCCACGCGCUGGCUUCGCCGCCGUCGAGGCUCUCCAGCCGGUCAUCGCCGAGUGGGCAGGGUGGCAGCACGGGACCCUUUCCUUCCGGCUGACGCAGGUGCUUUCCGGGCACGGUUGCUUCGGAAAGUACCUGCACUCGGUCGCUAGGAGGGAACUGAGUCCCGCCUGCCACCACUGCGACUGCAGUGAGGACUCGGCCCAGCACACGCUGGCGGUCUGCCCCGCAUGGGCGACGCAGCGCCGGGUCCUCACUGCAGUCAUCGGAGUGGAUCUCUCGCUACCGGCCGUAGUACGCUCCAUGGCCGGUAGCGACAGUUGUUUUACCGCGGUCGCAACCUUCUGCGAGGAAGUAAUUUCGCAGAAGGAGGCGGCGGAGAAGGCCCGGGAGGACGACCUCGUCUCGGACCUGAUCCGCCGCCGGCGAACCGGGUGGCGGAGGCGCGCCUAUCACCGCCUCAUGCCGCCCUGA